UUCGUACUGCUUGACAGUUUGUUUAGGUUUUGGCAAUAUAACCUUAAAAAGAUCUGCUUUUAAAAUGGCAACUGGGUGGUCGAUAGAACAAAAACAACAGCUUUUAGCCGCUUUGCAAAAGCAUGGGGCAACAGAUCCCUUUGUAAUCGCUUCGGAAAUCCCGGGGAGAACUGUAGUAGAUGUACAGUUAAUGAUGAAAAAAUACGAAAGACUCGCGUUACAAAAAAUGGACGUCCCCAAGAGCUGUAAAGCCCCACUGGAUCAAUGGAUUGAAACUAUACAGUGGACUGCCAAGCAGCCCCUAAAUGUCAGUUGCGUCUCUAAAGCCCUGAAAUAUAUCGCAUUAUUUGAACCCCAUCAACCUUCAUUAAUCAAUUUACCAGACAGUUACGAAUUAUUGGCAGACCUUUCAAGCGGCAUGUCUGCAAAAAAUGUUUCCAAUGAAACUGCAUUCUUUCUUCGAAAAUGUCUUUAUCAAUUGUCCGUUAAAAUAAAAAAUGAUAGUACAGACGAGGAAGAAGAGUUUUUAGAAAACUUCAAGGCGGAAAAAUUAGAGUACAAGAAAACAUACGGAAAACGAAAGGCUACAGAUCCAGAUCCGGUGAUGAAUCCCUUAUUAAAUAAUUUGGUUGUGCCAAGAAAACUACUCAAAAAGUCUACCGAUGUGAUAUUGGAAGAAACAGAAGGCAUUACGACGAAUAAACAAAUACCUAUUCAAAAAUUGAAAUAGAAUGUAGAGUGAUAAUAUCGGUAGAUUAAUAACUGUAAAUUUAUUUAUAAAUUAAUAAAUAACACGUUUUUAUAUAUCUUA